AUGGAUAACGAACUAAAUCAAAAUCUUUUAACAUUAAGUAAUAAUUUAUUGAAUUUGCUUAAAACUUCUGAAGGUUUUGAUACAAAAAUUAUUGUUGGUAAAGGACCAAAUAUUAAGGAAUUUAAAGCACAUUCAAAUAUAUUAUCGUCAAGAUCUGCUUACUUUAAAAAUGCAUUAUCAUCACGGUGGGCAAAAAGAGAAAAUGGAAUAAUUAUUUUCAAUAAACCUAAUAUUUCACCGUUGGUAUUUGAAAUUCUUAUAAAUUAUAUUUAUACAGGAAUAUUUGCUGUUGGAAAUAAUGUUAGCUUUGUUGAUAUUUUUAUUUCUGCUGAUGAGAUUGAAUUACUUGAAAUUUCUCAAUACAAAGACAUUCUUCCAGAUCUUUCUGAUGAAAUUUUCCGUAACUUAGAUCCUAGGCAUGAUCUUUUACAAAAAAGAGUAUCAGCAUAUCCUUUUGAUUCUAAAAUUAUUAAUGCUAAAGAUGCAGCAUUAAUAGCAAGUUGGAUUGAUAACAAAGAAAUACCUUAUCUUUUUAAAAAUAUACCUUUCAAUUUCGAGCUUAUUUAUCGUGCAAGCCAAGAAAAUUUUAGUGUUCGUGGAUAUAAUCCGUUAGAUUGGCGUAGUAUCAUGAAUAAUUAUAAUAAUCAUGAAUGCAAAACUUCAAAGAGUUUUAUAUUUUCAUUACUUUCAUUUUCAAAUGGAACAAUUCCCCGAUUAAGUCGUAUCUCUACUAAAAGCGAAGCAAUCAUUUGGUGUAAUGAUAAAGGACCUUGCUUUGGCUUACAAGAUUUGUGGAUACAAAGUAACUCUUCACGAAGAUCUGCUAGUGGUAUAAGCAAGCAACGCUCUUAUGAAAUGGGAAUUAUUGAUAAAGAUACUUUUGAAAUAGAAGAAUAUGAGUUUAUUAAGAGAUUCUUAUCUAAUAUGAUUCAAUUUAUUAAGAACAUUAUUCAUUUCUUUAAUCCAAGUACUUUUCAACCGCUUUUUCGUUUAUUACCAGAACAAAGACAGCAACGUUUUAGUCAAAGGGACCUUUAUUCCCUUUAG